AUGUUGACCCGUCUUCGCAGUGCAGCUUUGCGCGGGGCCGCCGGUACACGCGCCGCCUCAGGGAUGCCUACCGCCGAUCACAAGGGCCGCGUCGGCUACGUGUCGCAGGUUAUCGGCGCUGUUGUGGAUGUACACUUUGCGGAAGGCGUGCCGCCGGUGUUAACUGCUUUGGAUGUGGUGGAAAAACUUGGCCGUGACGAGCCCUUGACACUUGAAAUUGUGCAGCACUUGGACGCCCACACCGGCCGUUGCAUUGCGAUGCAGACGACAGAUCUGCUUAAGCUGAAAUCGAAGGUAGUCUCGAGUGGCGGGAACAUUUCUGUGCCUGUGGGUCGGGAGACACUUGGCAGAAUCUUCAAUGUGCUGGGCGAUGCCAUUGACCAGCGCGGCCCUGUUGGAGAGAAGCAACGCAUGCCUAUUCACGCUGUGGCACCAAAGUUGGCGGAUCAGGCGGCAGAGGACACCAUUCUCACAACGGGUAUCAAGGUGAUUGAUCUGAUUUUGCCCUACUGCAAGGGUGGGAAGAUUGGUCUUUUUGGUGGUGCUGGCGUGGGCAAGACGGUUAUUAUCAUGGAACUUAUUAACAACGUUGCCAAGGGCCAUGGUGGGUUCUCCGUCUUUGCGGGUGUUGGUGAACGCACGCGUGAGGGAACGGAUCUUUACCUGGAGAUGAUGCAAUCCAAAGUUAUUGACCUGAAGGGUGACUCGAAGUGUGUGUUGGUGUAUGGUCAGAUGAACGAGCCUCCGGGUGCCCGUGCUCGUGUGGCGCAGUCUGCCUUGACAAUGGCCGAGUACUUCCGUGAUGUGGAAGGGCAAGACGUGUUGCUUUUUAUCGACAACAUUUUCCGCUUUACGCAGGCAAACUCUGAGGUGUCAGCGCUGUUGGGUCGUAUUCCCGCUGCCGUCGGCUACCAGCCUACCCUUGCUGAGGAUCUUGGACAGUUGCAGGAGCGCAUUACGUCCACGACAAAAGGUUCCAUUACCUCUGUGCAGGCUGUGUACGUGCCAGCCGAUGAUAUUACCGACCCUGCGCCAGCAACGACCUUUUCCCACCUCGAUGCCACGACGGUGCUGGACCGUGCCGUUGCCGAAUCCGGCAUUUACCCCGCUGUCAACCCACUGGAGUGUGCCUCGCGUAUCAUGGACCCGGAUGUGAUCAGCGUUGACCACUACAACGUGGCGCAGGAUGUGGUGCAGAUGCUUACCAAGUACAAGGAGCUGCAGGAUAUUAUUGCGGUGCUUGGCAUUGAUGAGCUCAGUGAGGAGGAUAAACUUAUCGUGGACCGUGCGCGUAAGGUGACAAAGUUUCUCUCCCAGCCUUUCCAGGUGGCGGAGGUGUUUACUGGCAUGACAGGCCACUACGUGCAGCUGGAGGAGACCAUUGAGUCCUUCUCCGGCCUGUUGAUGGGCACAUAUGAUCAGGUGCCGGAGAUGGCGUUCUACAUGGUGGGCGGCAUCACGUCCGUGCUGGAGAAGGGGAAGAAGAUGGCAGAGGAGGCCGCAGAACUUGAAAAACUUCGUCGUGCCCGUGCCGCCCAGGCAGGCCAGAAGGAAUAG